UGGAACGCUCUGAUGAGAGAUUACCCCAACGCCAUCCCGUCGGUGCGCGUGCCCAACUCCACGUGUGGCAUCCCUCGAGAGGACGCUUUCCACAUAUUUAGAGACCCUGUGACCUCUGACCUCCCGUGGCCCGGCGUCAUCGUGGGCAUGUCCAUUCCUUCCAUGUGGUACUGGUGCUCGGAUCAGGUGAUCGUGCAGCGUUCUCUGGCCGCCAAGACGCUGACUCAUGCCAAAGGUGGCUCCCUGCUGGCAGCUUACCUCAAGCUCCUGCCUUUCUUCGCCAUCAUGUUGCCCGGGAUGAUCAGCAGGAUACUUUACACAGACGAUGUGGCGUGUGCGGACCCAGCGUUGUGUACGCAGAUCUGCGGGAACCCGGUAGGAUGUACGGACACCGCCUAUGUCAGACUGGUCAUGGAGUUGCUCCCCGCAGGUCUACGAGGUCUGAUGAUGGCGGUGAUGAUCGCCGCUCUGGUCUCCUCGCUCACCUCCAUCUUUAACAGCGCCAGCACCAUCUUCACCAUGGACCUGUGGAAGACCUUCCGCUCCAGCGCCUCCGAGUGGGAGCUGAUGAUCGUGGGCAGAGUGUUUGUGCUGGUGCUGGUGGUGGCGUCCAUCCUGUGGAUUCCUGUGGUGCAAGCCAGUCAGGGCGGGCAGCUCUUCAUCUACAUCCAGGCCAUCAGCACCAACCUGCAGCCCCCCGUCUCCAUCGUCUUCCUCAUGGGAUGCUUCUGGAAGAGGACCAAUGAGAAGGGUGCAUUCUGGGGCCUGGUGGUGGGCCUGCUGGUGGGCUGCAUGCGCAUGCUGCUGGACUUCAUCUACCCGGCCCCCCUCUGCUUCGAGCGCGACAACAGGCCCGCCGUGAUCAAAGACGUCCAUUACCUGUACUUCUCCAUAGUUCUGUCCCUCAUCACGCUGGUGGUGGUGGUGGGCGCCAGUCUGGCCACGGAGGAGCCCCCAGCAGAGCAGAUUAAUGGUCUUACUUGGUUCACACGAUUUGUCCACGUGGAGCGCAAAGAGCUCAACUUGGAGUUGGUCAUGCCUCGGACGGACGAGGGAACAGGAAGACCGGACGAGAGCAGCGAGAGAAAAGAGUCAACAACACCCAGUGGGAGACCUGGGUCCAGGCUGGUGUCCGCCCUCUACUGGCUGUGUGGCAUGGACAGCAGAACAAAGGAAGGACAGAAGACGCCGGAGAUUCCUGCAGAACCUGAAUGCAACAAACUGGAAGAAAAUCCUUGUCUGCAGCAGCUGGUGAACGCAAACCUGAUCAUCUGUCUCUCUGUGGCGGCUUUUGUCAUCGGCUACUGGGCCUGAGGACACUUCUGGAAGGAAAGGGGAGCCUUUCGGACUUCAAGGUUGUGUCGCCUUUUCAACUCAUCUUCUAUGACAGCUCCUUCUUGCCGGGUUUUUGUUGUUAAAUCUGAUUUUUAAAUCAUUUUUACUCAAAUUUGGCGUUUUUCCUCUCUCUAAAUGUGUCCAAUACGGGUGAGAUGUUUGAAAUUUGUAUAUUUUCAUUCAGAAUGUAUAUAAGGAUUCGUUUUGGUAAUGUAAUAAGUUAUUCAUUAUACAUUUAAAUAUGUAUCAAUAAUAAUAAUAAACAAUUAAGAUGGAUGUUUGUCGAAAAAACAUAUUUCUAAUUAAAUAUUAGGAUGACCCUUUAAUUUGUUUUUGUUUGUCAAAAAUCCCUCCUUCUCAUUCCGUAUAUCUGAGGUCGGGUCGCGGGGGCAGCAGCCUAAGUUAAGUAGCCCAAACCUCCCUCUCCCCAACCACUGAGUCUAGCUACUUCCAAGAAGUCUCGAAGCGUUCCAAAGCCAGCCGGGAGACAUAAACUCUCCAACAUGACCUGGGUCUACUCCGUGGUGUUUGUUAAAA